AUGCGUUUCUCCACCACCAUCCUCGCGGCCUUCAUGGUCUGUGCCAGCAUUGCUGCCCCGACGCCUAACACUGAGAUCGGCAACUCCAUUAUAGGAAGCUCUGAUGCUUCAAAGCUCUCGCUAUUCAACAGAGAGGCUGGUAACUUGGAAGCUGAACGGGCCAAUACCAAUGCCCUUGUUGCACGGAAAGGAAAAGGGAAAGGGAAAGGGAAAAAGAAAGGAUUGCUUGGGUUGGGGUUUCUAGGGGGCCCUGGAUCGAAGAAACCACCACGGGUUAAGCCUACUCCUAACAAACCCACCGAGCCCACCAACACCGACCCCGAGAGCAGCAAGACCGACGGACUCGUUACGCGCGACAAUACCAAUGCCCUUGUUGCCUCGGCCAACGAAUUGGUGCGUGGGUUUUUCGGGGGGAAAAAACGACCACAACCCGAGCCCACCAACACCGACCCCGAGAGCAGCGAGACCGACGGAUUCGUUACGUUUGGUGACGGAGAGGGUGACGAAGUAGAAGCUCCCUAG